AUGACCGCGAGCCUCCUCACGCCCUCCACUUCGCUCCCCUCCUCACGCCCUCCCCUUCGCUCCCCUCCUCACGCCCUCCCCUUCGCUCCCCUCCUCACGCCCUCCCCUUCGCUCCCCUCCUCACGCCCUCCCCUUCGCUCCCCUCCUCACGCCCUCCCCUUCGCUCCCCUCCUCACGCCCUCCCCUUCGCUCCCCUCCUCACGCCCUCCCCUUCGCUCCCCUCCUCACGCCCUCCCCUUCGCUCCCCUCCUCACGCCCUCCCCUUCGCUCCCCUCCUCACGCCCUCCCCUUCGCUCCCCUCCUCACGCCCUCCCCUUCGCUCCCCUCCUCACGCCCUCCCCUUCGCUCCCCUCCUCACGCCCUCCCCUUCGCUCCCCUCCUCACGCCCUCCCCUUCGCUCCCCUCCUCACGCCCUCCCCUUCGCUCCCCUCCUCACGCCCUCCCCUUCGCUCCCCUCCUCACGCCCUCCCCUUCGCUCCCCUCCUCACGCCCUCCCCUUCGCUCCCCUCCUCACGCCCUCCCCUUCGCUCCCCUCCUCACGCCCUCCCCUUCGCUCCCCUCCUCACGCCCUCCCCUUCGCUCCCCUCCUCACGCCCUCCCCUUCGCUCCCCUCCUCACGCCCUCCCCUUCGCUCCCCUCCUCACGCCCUCCCCUUCGCUCCCCUUCGCUCCCCUCCUCACGCCCUCCCCUUCGCUCCCCUCCUCACGCCCUCCCCUUCGCUCCCCUCCUCACGCCCUCCCCUUCGCUCCCCUCCUCACGCCCUCCCCUUCGCUCCCCUCCUCACGCCCUCCCCUUCGCUCCCCUCCUCACGCCCUCCCCUUCGCUCCCCUCCUCACGCCCUCCCCUUCGCUCCCCUCCUCACGCCCUCCCCUUCGCUCCCCUCCUCACGCCCUCCCCUUCGCUCCCCUCCUCACGCCCUCCCCUUCGCUCCCCUCCUCACGCCCUCCCCUUCGCUCCCCUCCUCACGCCCUCCCCUUCGCUCCCCUCCUCACGCCCUCCCCUUCGCUCCCCUCCUCACGCCCUCCCCUUCGCUCCCCUCCUCACGCCCUCCCCUUCGCUCCCCUCCUCACGCCCUCCCCUUCGCUCCCCUCCUCACGCCCUCCCAUUCGCUCCCCUCCUCACGCCCUCCCCUUCGCUCCCCUCCUCACGCCCUCCCCUUCGCUCCCCUCCUCACGCCCUCCCCUUCGCUCCCCUCCUCACGCCCUCCCCUUCGCUCCCCUCCUCACGCCCUCCCCUUCGCUCCCCUCCUCACGCCCUCCCCUUCGCUCCCCUCCUCACGCCCUCCCCUUCGCUCCCCUCCUCACGCCCUCCCCUUCGCUCCCCUCCUCACGCCCUCCCCUUCGCUCCCCUCCUCACGCCCUCCCCUUCGCUCCCCUCCUCACGCUCUCCCCUUCGCUCCCCUCCUCACGCCCUCCCCUUCGCUCCCCUCCUCACGCCCUCCCCUUCGCUCCCCUCCUCACGCCCUCCCCUUCGCUCCCCUCCUCACGCCCUCCCCUUCGCUCCCCUCCUCACGCCCUCCCCUUCGCUCCCCUCCUCACGCCCUCCCCUUCGCUCCCCUCCUCACGCCCUCCCCUUCGCUCCCCUCCUCACGCCCUCCCCUUCGCUCCCCUCCUCACGCCCUCCCCUUCGCUCCCCUCCUCACGCCCUCCCCUUCGCUCCCCUCCUCACACCCUCCCCUUCGCUCCCCUCCUCACGCCCUCCCCUUCGCUCCCCUCCUCACGCCCUCCCCUUCGCUCCCCUCCUCACGCCCUCCCCUUCGCCCCCCUCCUCACGCCCUCCCCUUCGCUCCCCUCCUCACGCCCUCCCCUUCGCUCCCCUCCUCACGCCCUCCCCUUCGCUCCCCUCCUCACGCCCUCCCCUUCGCUCCCCUCCUCACGCCCUCCCCUUCGCUCCCCUCCUCACGCCCUCCCCUUCGCUCCCCUCCUCACGCCCUCCCCUUCGCUCCCCUCCUCACGCCCUCCCCUUCGCUCCCCUCCUCACGCCCUCCCCUUCGCUCCCCUCCUCACACCCUCCCCUUCGCUCCCCUCCUCACGCCCUCCCCUUCGCUCCCCUCCUCACGCCCUCCCCUUCGCUCCCCUCCUCACGCCCUCCCCUUCGCUCCCCUCCUCACGCCCUCCCCUUCGCUCCCCUCCUCACGCCCUCCCCUUCGCUCCCCUCCUCACGCCCUCCCCUUCGCUCCCCUCCUCACGCCCUCCCCUUCGCUCCCCUCCUCACGCCCUCCCCUUCGCUCCCCUCCUCACGCCCUCCCCUUCGCUCCCCUCCUCACGCCCUCCCCUUCGCUCCCCUCCUCACGCCCUCCCCUUCGCUCCCCUCCUCACGCCCUCCCCUUCGCUCCCCUCCUCACGCCCUCCCCUUCGCUCCCCUCCUCACGCCCUCCCCUUCGCUCCCCUCCUCACGCCCUCCCCUUCGCUCCCCUCCUCACGCCCUCCCCUUCGCUCCCCUCCUCACGCCCUCCCCUUCGCUCCCCUCCUCACGCCCUCCCCUUCGCUCCCCUCCUCACGCCCUCCCCUUCGCUCCCCUCCUCACGCCCUCCCCUUCGCUCCCCUCCUCACGCCCUCCCCUUCGCUCCCCUCCUCACGCCCUCCCCUUCGCUCCCCUCCUCACGCCCUCCCCUUCGCUCCCCUCCUCACGCCCUCCCCUUCGCUCCCCUCCUCACGCCCUCCCCUUCGCUCCCCUCCUCACGCCCUCCCCUUCGCUCCCCUCCUCACGCCCUCCCCUUCGCUCCCCUCCUCACGCCCUCCCCUUCGCUCCCCUCCUCACGCCCUCCCCUUCGCUCCCCUCCUCACGCCCUCCCCUUCGCUCCCCUCCUCACGCCCUCCCCUUCGCUCCCCUCCUCACGCCCUCCCCUUCGCUCCCCUCCUCACGCCCUCCCCUUCGCUCCCCUCCUCACGCCCUCCCCUUCGCUCCCCUCCUCACGCCCUCCCCUUCGCUCCCCUCCUCACGCCCUCCCCUUCGCUCCCCUCCUCACGCCCUCCCCUUCGCUCCCCUCCUCACGCCCUCCCCUUCGCUCCCCUCCUCACGCCCUCCCCUUCGCUCCCCUCCUCACGCUCCUCCCCUUCGCUCCCCUCCUCACGCCCUCCCCUUCGCUCCCCUCCUCACGCCCUCCCCUUCGCUCCCCUCCUCACGCCCUCCCCUUCGCUCCCCUCCUCACGCCCUCCCCUUCGCUCCCCUCCUCACGCCCUCCCCUUCGCUCCCCUCCUCACGCCCUCCCCUUCGCUCCCCUCCUCACUCCCUCCCCUUCGCUCCCCUCCUCACGCCCUCCCCUUCGCUCCCCUCCUCAUGCCCUCCCCUUCGCUCCCCUCCUCACGCCCUCCCCUUCGCUCCCCUCCUCACGCCCUCCCCUUCGCUCCCCUCCUCACGCCCUCCCCUUCGCUCCCCUCCUCACGCCCUCCCCUUCGCUCCCCUCCUCACGCCCUCCCCUUCGCUCCCCUCCUCACGCCCUCCCCUUCGCUCCCCUCCUCACGCCCUCCCCUUCGCUCCCCUCCUCACGCCCUCCCCUUCGCUCCCCUCCUCACGCCCUCCCCUUCGCUCCCCUCCUCACGCCCUCCCCUUCGCUCCCCUCCUCACGCCCUCCCCUUCGCUCCCCUCCUCACGCCCUCCCCUUCGCUCCCCUCCUCACGCCCUCCCCUUCGCUCCCCUCCUCACGCCCUCCCCUUCGCUCCCCUCCUCACGCCCUCCCCUUCGCUCCCCUCCUCACGCCCUCCCCUUCGCUCCCCUCCUCAUGCCCUCCCCUUCGCUCCCCUCCUCACGCCCUCCCCUUCGCUCCCCUCCUCACGCCCUCCCCUUCGCUCCCCUCCUCACGCCCUCCCCUUCGCUCCCCUCCUCACGCCCUCCCCUUCGCUCCCCUCCUCACGCCCUCCCCUUCGCUCCCCUCCUCACGCCCUCCCCUUCGCUCCCCUCCUCACGCCCUCCCCUUCGCUCCCCUCCUCACGCCCUCCCCUUCGCUCCCCUCCUCACGCCCUCCCCUUCGCUCCCCUCCUCACGCCCUCCCCUUCGCUCCCCUCCUCACGCCCUCCCCUUCGCUCCCCUCCUCACGCCCUCCCCUUCGCUCCCCUCCUCACGCCCUCCCCUUCGCUCCCCUCCUCACGCCCUCCCCUUCGCUCCCCUCCUCACGCCCUCCCCUUCGCUCCCCUCCUCACGCCCUCCCCUUCGCUCCCCUCCUCACGCCCUCCCCUUCGCUCCCCUCCUCACGCCCUCCCCUUCGCUCCCCUCCUCACGCCCUCCCCUUCGCUCCCCUCCUCAUGCCCUCCCCUUCGCUCCCCUCCUCACGCCCUCCCCUUCGCUCCCCUCCUCACGCCCUCCCCUUCGCUCCCCUCCUCACGCCCUCCCCUUCGCUCCCCUCCUCACGCCCUCCCCUUCGCUCCCCUCCUCACGCCCUCCCCUUCGCUCCCCUCCUCACGCCCUCCCCUUCGCUCCCCUCCUCACGCCCUCCCCUUCGCUCCCCUCCUCACGCCCUCCCCUUCGCUCCCCUCCUCACGCCCUCCCCUUCGCUCCCCUCCUCACGCCCUCCCCUUCGCUCCCCUCCUCACGCCCUCCCCUUCGCUCCCCUCCUCACGCCCUCCCCUUCGCUCCCCUCCUCACGCCCUCCCCUUCGCUCCCCUCCUCACGCCCUCCCCUUCGCUCCCCUCCUCACGCCCUCCCCUUCGCUCCCCUCCUCACGCCCUCCCCUUCGCUCCCCUCCUCACGCCCUCCCCUUCGCUCCCCUCCUCACGCCCUCCCCUUCGCUCCCCUCCUCACGCCCUCCCCUUCGCUCCCCUCCUCACGCCCUCCCCUUCGCUCCCCUCCUCACGCCCUCCCCUUCGCUCCCCUCCUCACGCCCUCCCCUUCGCUCCCCUCCUCACGCCCUCCCCUUCGCUCCCCUCCUCACGCCCUCCCCUUCGCUCCCCUCCUCACGCCCUCCCCUUCGCUCCCCUCCUCACGCCCUCCCCUUCGCUCCCCUCCUCACGCCCUCCCCUUCGCUCCCCUCCUCACGCCCUCCCCUUCGCUCCCCUCCUCACGCCCUCCCCUUCGCUCCCCUCCUCACGCCCUCCCCUUCGCUCCCCUCCUCACGCCCUCCCCUUCGCUCCCCGUCCUCACGCCCUCCCCUUCGCUCCCCUCCUCACGCCCUCCCCUUCGCUCCCCUCCUCACGCCCUCCCCUUCGCUCCCCUCCUCACGCCCUCCCCUUCGCUCCCCUCCUCACGCCCUCCCCUUCGCUCCCCUCCUCACGCCCUCCCCUUCGCUCCCCUCCUCACGCCCUCCCCUUCGCUCCCCUCCUCACGCCCUCCCCUUCGCUCCCCUCCUCACGCCCUCCCCUUCGCUCCCCUCCUCACGCCCUCCCCUUCGCUCCCCUCCUCACGCCCUCCCCUUCGCUCCCCUCCUCACGCCCUCCCCUUCGCUCCCCUCCUCACGCCCUCCCCUUCGCUCCCCUCCUCACGCCCUCCCCUUCGCUCCCCUCCUCACGCCCUCCCCUUCGCUCCCCUCCUCACGCCCUCCCCUUCGCUCCCCUCCUCACGCCCUCCCCUUCGCUCCCCUCCUCACGCCCUCCCCUUCGCUCCCCUCCUCACGCCCUCCCCUUCGCUCCCCUCCUCACGCCCUCCCCUUCGCUCCCCUCCUCACGCCCUCCCCUUCGCUCCCCUCCUCACGCCCUCCCCUUCGCUCCCCUCCUCACGCUCUCCCCUUCGCUACGCCCCUGUUCUCCUUCCCCAUCCUUUCUCCCUCCUUUCCCCCUCCGUUCUCCCUUCUCCUCCGUUCUCCUGCCUUUCUCCUCCUCCCUCCCUCCCUUUCACCUAUGCCUACGCCCUUCUCUCAAACGGUCCGUGUAUUGA